GCUGCUAAGCUCCAGGCCUCUGGACUGUGGCCGGCUGGACCUGGACUCAGGCGGCACGGGUGGCCGUCAGACCGUGGCCGCUCUCGGUCACGCCGGAGUAGCUGCCGGAACUCGUCGGGGUUCCGACACCAUAGCCGUAUCCUGCCAUUUUUCACUCACUGACCUGCGGGCGCGGGCACGUGGGCGGGCGGUGGGGGACGGAGCUCGCCAUCCCCGAGACCGCCGAUUGGCUGCGUCUGUUUUCCUUCCCCUUCCUGGCUGGGGCUUUCUGGUGCACGUGACUGCAGCGGGCUCUCCGAGGGGAGACACUUUGUUUUAGUAAUGCAGCGUUAAUCUAGCCGGAAGAGCUCUCGAUCAGCGACAGUUUCCAGAAAUAGUUUGGGUUUAUAUUAUUUUUUUGAUAGGUAGAAAAUGUUGGCAUUCCACGCAAGUAUUUUACUGGCGACUUAAGUGACUAUUUUUCUCGGAAAUGCUGUAUAUUUUCUCACCCAGUUGCUCAUAUCCUUAUUUUUCAUGACAUAUCUUGAUGACAAUCUAUGCAAAAAAUAUAUAAGGAUGAUAACUAAUAUAGUUAUAUUGAGCCUGGUCAUUUGCAUUUCUUUAGCUUUCUGGAUUAUAUCUAUGACUGCAAGCACCUAUUAUGGUAAUUUACAUCCUAUUUCUCCUUGGCGUUGGCUGUUUUCUGUUGUUGUUCCUGUUUUGAUUGUAUCUAAUGGCUUUAAAAAGAAAAGUCUAGAUCACAGUGGAGCUUUAGGAGCGCUAAUAGUUGGAUUUAUCCUAAGCAUUGCAAAUUUCAGCUUUUUUACCUCUUUGCUGAUGUUUUUCCUUUCUUCUUCAAAACUCACUAAAUGGAAGGGAGAAAUAAAGAAGCAUCUAGAUUCAGAAUAUAAAGAAGGUGGGCAGAGGAAUUGGCUUCAGGUGUUCUGUAAUGGAGCCAUACCCACAGAGCUGGCCCUACUGUACAUGAUAGAAAAUGGCCCCGGGGAAAUCCCAAUAGAUUUUUCCAAGCAGCACACUGCUUCCUGGAUGUGUUUGUCUCUCUUGGCUGCACUGGCCAGCUGUGCUGGUGACACAUGGGCUUCAGAAAUUGGUCCAGUUCUGAGUAAAAGCCCACCAAGGCUAAUAACAACAUGGGAGAAAGUUCCAACUGGGACCAAUGGAGGGGUUACAGUGGUGGGCCUUGCUUCCAGUCUUCUUGGUGGCACCUUUGUGGGCAUUGCCUACUUCCUCACACAGUUGAUUUUUGUUAAUGAUUUGGACAUUUCUGCUCCCCAAUGGCCAAUUAUUGCAUUUGGGGGUCUAGCUGGAUUAUUGGGAUCAAUUGUGGACUCAUAUUUAGGAGCUACAAUGCAAUUUACAGGUUUGGAUGAAAGCACUGGCAUGGUGGUCAACAGCCCAACAAAUGAGGUGAAGCACAUAGCAGGGAAACCCAUUCUUGACAACAAUGCGGUGAACCUGUUUUCUUCAGUCCUCAUUGCGCUCUUGCUCCCAACAGCUGCUUGGGGUUUCUGGCCCAGGGAAUGAACUUCAUCUCAUUUACAAAGAUUGAAACUGCGGUAAAUUCAGCUAAAUGUGCAGUUCCAAAUUUCAUCCUAAGAAGAAUAACUGUGGCAAAGAGGAAGUGCCAGCACCUCUCAUAUUUCAUUGUGAUGGAAUUCUACAUUUUUUUCUCUCCUCUACUCAUUUGUAACAGCUAACAUAUUCCAGUGAAAGACAAGAGUAUGUAGAACUUACCCAUUUUUCUCUGCUGCUGAAUGGAGCCUCUUGAGCAAUGAAGCUACAAUGCCUCUACAAUGCCCCACAAUAAUAUUGGUGUAUAUUGAACUGAAAGCUAAUAUGUUGAACUGAAAGUUCCUACAUGAUAGAUAAAAAUUUUGUUUUGCUUGCUUAAACCAGUGUGAGGAUUAAAAGUCAUAAAAUUUAAAAAUGGUUCUCAGCUAUGCCAGAGAAAUGCCACUGUGCCAGUUACCCAAAUGUUAUAUCUAUUUUAAGUGGUUUAAACGGAUAUGUGUGGAACCCUGAGUAAGUGUAGUAUCCUGGAGUUCUUCCACUACUUGCCACUUAUAAUUUUGAAAAGUAUGGAGUUUGAUUUCUAGUGAGCUGUGAGGCCUACUCCACAUUUGUUCUUCCAUCCUCAGUGUUAGUAAUGAAAAAAAAGUAAAUAUCUUUUUCAUAUGACCAUUAGAAUGCAUGAAAAAAAUAUUUUUAAAUAAAAGGAAGAGAGAUCUACCCUGUAUCUAAAAAACGUACACCCUUCCUAUAUAUUUUAGUUGAUCUCUGAGCGGAAAUUAUCUCAAAUUUAAUAUUUUUUAAUGUAUCUUCUACCCAUCU